AUGAGUUUCACCAUCGUCAACGGUCAAAUCUACACCCCCGGCCUGGCAAUAAUUGAUGCGCCGCAGCCGUAUACACCACUUGGUGGAGAACGCAACUUGACCAUCUCAAACGGGACCAACCCAUCGGAUCCAGAGUCAGGUUACGUUGGACCAGUCCUCGACCUUGGACCAGGAUCGACAGUCAAACACGUCAACUGGGUUUGGCCGAGGUGUUUUGUCGGCUCUGGAGAUGGAGACGAGGAUGAAGAUGACGGGGACUGGAGAGGGGAGUGGAAUGUCACUCUGCAUCAAGCGUUUCUAUGGGAAGGAGAAGAGUACUAUACCAUUUUUGAGCUGCCCAUUUCGGUGACAAAUGGGAUUCAAGAGGACAGGACGAGGGUGGCGUGUGAGGACUUGGAGAAUGCGUUUGAGAAGGAGAGUCUGGGGGUGGAUGGCGGACUGACAGCCGGGGAGCCUUGGGAUGUGGAGGAUGGAAUUGACAAUAACAGUGAGAAAGAGAAUGAAAAUGGAGACGGGACAAAUGCAGCAGUUGGAUUGAGGGCAGGGGGCGGACUACAGUUCUGGGGUAGAGCGGCUCUGCUUGCCCUGGUGGUUGGGAUGGUGUUGUAG